AUGUCAGUCCGCAGACCGUCCGCAUACCGACGUCUUGCCGAAGACCAAAGCUUGCAGUUUACUGAGGAUGGCAAAUUCCAAAUAUCAGUGUUUAGUGACUUGCAUUUCGCUGAAGGUACGAUGAGAGACUUGAACCAUUGUUCCCGGUUACUAACCAUAUUCAAAGAUGACGAAGCGGACGAAAGGACCACGGGGGUUGUGAAAAGCGUCCUUUCUUCAGAGGAAGUGCAACUCGUGGUACUCAAUGGAGAUUUAAUUUCUGGCGAGGCAACACAAAGCUCCAAUUCUAGUCUCUACGUUGAUCGGGUUGUUGCCCCACUAGUCGACCGUGAUUUACCAUGGGCAUCAACUUAUGGGAAUCAUGACAGCGAGAUUAAUCUUAAUCCCGAAGAGAUGUUUCGUCAAGAGACAAAAUAUCGAAACAGCUUAACCCAGAAGAUGGUUCUGGACUCCACUGCCGGCGUCACGAAUUAUUACCUGCCAAUAUUUCCGCAUGAGGCUUCGAAGGACAGUCUCCCUGUGUUUAUCUUGUGGUUUUUUGACAGUCAAGGUGGCCAUUAUGCCUGGACAGAGAAUGGUGAUGGCAAAUCAACCCCGAGACAGAAUUGGGUAGAUGACACAGUUAUUGAAUGGUUUUUAAGAACCAAUUCAAACUUAACAUCCACAUAUGGGCAGACAAUCCCAUCUCUAGCCUUCGUCCAUAUCCCAGUUUAUGCUAUGCGCGCAUUCCAGAAAUCCGGCGUGACCCCAACCAGCGAACCAGGAAUCAACGGAGAACGAGUCCAGCAACAAGGCUAUGACCCCGACUCCGGCUACCAUGCUCAAGACUUCCCUUUUAUAAAUGCUCUGCUGAACACCACGGGGCUGGCGGCGACAUUCAGUGGCCAUGAUCAUGAUAAUGACUGGUGCUUCAAAUGGGAUGGAAAGCUUUCUGACCUCAAUGUGACGGGGAAUGGUCUGAGCAUGUGCUACGGCCGGCACACAGGAUAUGGAGGGUAUGGCGAGUGGGCGCGUGGUGGAAGGCAGAUUUUAUUGGAUGAACGGUCGCUUGGGGAUGAUAUCCGGACUUGGAUUCGGAUGGAAGAUGGGUCAAUUUCAGGCGAUGUUCAUCUCAAUGCGACGUACGGCCAUGAUCGAUAUGGGCUGGCAGAGAGGAGUAUCAUGAACGGGCAAAAUGGUGGUCUUUCUCCUCCAUACAUGGGUGUUAUGUAUUUGUGGAUAUGUGUCUUUUAUGGACUUAUAUCUGGGUUUCAUUUAUGGUGA